AUGUCUGAAGAACUAAAUCAAGCAGCUAAGGACUUGUCUCUCGACGAAAAGAAGGACGUGACAGUCCUGGAUUCCAGAGAGGAAUUUAACGUGAAGCACCCACUGAAUUCCAAGUGGACCUUGUGGUACACCAAACCGGCCGUGGACUCCAGCGAGAGCUGGUCUGAUCUUCUGAAGCCAGUUGUUGCUUUUGACACUGUCGAAGAAUUCUGGGGUAUUUUCAAUUCCAUUCCAAAGGCAGACGAGCUACCUCUAAAAUCUGACUACCAUUUAUUUAGAGAAAACAUUAAACCAGAGUGGGAAGACCCAGCCAACUCUAAGGGUGGAAGAUUCUCCUUCCAGUUCAAGGGCAAAAGGCUGGAGCACGGAAUUAACGAAAUUUGGACCAGAGCAUUGUUGAGUGUUAUUGGUGAGACCAUAGAAGACGACCAAAAUGAAGUCAAUGGAGUUGUCUUGAACGUCAGAAAAGUGGGCUACAGAGUGUGUCUUUGGACGAAAUCCUGCGAUAGAGCUGCUCUUGUGCCUAUUGGAGAGAGAUUGAAGAAAAUAUUGAUGCUCAGAGAGGGUGAGUCUGUUGAGUUCAUUAGCCAUAAAGAUUCCAACGACCGUGGAGCAAAACCUGCAUUCUACGUCUAA